AAAAAUUAGUAAAAGUUCAAAGUCCAAUUGUUAUUGCUGGUUAUUGUCCGCACACCGGCUUUAGUUCAAUUCAUCGAGACCUGAUAGUGCUCCAUCAUCCUCCAGAAUCAGCGCAACAGUCACCUAAUUUCAACGACUAAUUAAUUACCAUCAAAUCUUAUCUACAAUGCUGAAGAACGUGGUGGCUCUGGUUACUGGAGGUGCAUCCGGUCUGGGUCGUGGUACAGCUGAGAGAUUUAUCAGAAAUGGAGCAAAAGUUGUAGUUGCUGAUUUACCCUCGUCCAAGGGCAACGAAAUUGCUCAAGGGCUGGGGGAGAAUGCAGUGUUCAGUCCCAUGGAUGUGACGUCCGAGGCAGACGUCCUUCAAGCCCUGGACGUGGCAAAGGAGAAAUUCGGUCGAUUGGACGCAGUUGUAAACGCUGCAGGUAUAGCAGCUGCAAUCAAAGUCUACAACUUCAAGAAAGUUCACGCCCAUGACUUGGAGACAUUCUCACGGGUCAUACAAGUGAAUACGAUUGGAACUUUCAACGUCAUUCGCCUGUCAGUUGGAUUGAUGGGUACAAACGAGCCCAACGCUGAUGGACAGCGUGGAGUGAUUGUAAAUACAGCAAGUGUUGCAGCAUUUGAUGGUCAAAUUGGACAGGCAGCUUAUUCUGCCAGCAAAGCAGCAGUCGUUGGUAUGACGCUGCCUCUCGCCCGUGAUCUCUCCAUCCAGGGUAUCAGAGUCUGCACCAUUGCCCCCGGACUCUUCGACACACCAAUGCUUCAGGGCUUGCCGGACAAAGUACGUAAUUUCUUGGCUAAAAGCAUUCCAUUCCCCCAGAGACUUGGAAAGCCUGACGAGUACGCGCAGCUGGCUGAGUCCAUCAUCUUGAAUCCAUUGUUGAAUGGAGAGACCAUCAGACUUGAUGGAGCCCUCCGGAUGCAGCCAUAAAUAGGCCAUUGCUGUUUGAAACUAAUUUGUUACAUUUUUUAUAUAUCUUUUUCUAUGCAAAUGGAAUAAAUUUACCGAGCUAAGCUCAUAUUUUACAAGUGA